ACACGACCGGAGGAGUUGGCAGGCUUCACCGCCCUCGGCCUCGAUGUCGCGCGCCGGGGUUUGACGGUUGCGGGGGUGCCUGUCGGCACGGAGGAUUUCGUCCACACGAGACUCAGGGAGCGCCUGGAGCGGAUGGCCCGAAGGCGGCGGCAUUAGAGUCCGUUCGUGGACGUCACACUGACCCUUUGCAUCUUGCCCGUUUGACAUCCCUUCAGGGCGCAGAUGCAGGCGCGUGGCUCACGGCGGUCCCUUAUGCAGAUCCACUGCGCAUCCCGGAGGCGCAGUGGCAGGUGGCUUCAUGUUUUCGCCUUGGUCUGUCUAUCCCCCAGUUAGCCCUUACAGGUCAUUGCUCGUGCGGACGGGAGAUCGAGGACAUGUCGGUGCCCCACCACGUCGUACGCUGUCAGCACUACCACGUCACCACGACCGUCCACAACGCCGUGAAGGCUAUGGGCGGGGCGGCCCGAGCCUUGGCGUUUUUGGCGGACCCCUGUACACCCGAGCCAAUGAUCGGGACGCAGUCUCACCACUCCCUCUCCCCCCACACCCUCCCCUUACAGCCGAGUGUGCCCCACGAGGCGGCCGCCGAGGAUGGCUCGGACAAUGAUGGCCCGCUCGCCGGAUAUAUCUUGCGCGAACAGGGGCGAGGCGAGGGCGACCCCCCCAUCUCACCCUCCCCCUUCCUGCCCCACACACUCCUUGCCCGUCAGUAUUCAGGUGGUCGCAGCGAGCCACCCAUCCGCGAUGGACGUCGACAAAAUAGGAGUAGGGGACCUGCAUGAUGUCUCCUCCCAACCCUACAUCCCCCCUUACCG